CUUUGACCUGCUGAGUACUUGGCAGUGACGGAUACGCUUUGUGUUCACACUGCCAACAGGAAUUCCACACUCCGUGUUGAAGAUGCACUGUCUAGUCAGUCUGGAUCGCGGAGAGGAACUGAACCGGUUCAAGUAGAAUGUCAACAAGUGACGCAGGACACUUGGAGCUCACACUUGGAGGAGAAACACGCAGGGACGCAGCGACUGCACGACAGGAGAAUGGGCUUGAGACUCCGCCUCUGCAGCACUCUUGCCGUCUUCCCAUCACGCGGGAGCGAACAUCCAAAGCACUAAUAAUUCCAAGACGAGAGGUGGAUGCUGACCGCGGGCCCAGGUACACCUCCUUUGUCCUGUUAAGACUCUCCAACAACCUGGACCUCAACAAGUCCGAGCUGCGACUCAAGAGGAAGCAAGACUCGUGUCUACGUAGUUCAAAUGAAUCAGAGCGGAGCAAAGCUGUGGGCAGCAGAUAUCAGGUGAUUGGACCAACUUCCCUUCCAGACACCCCAAAGGAUUUAACCAGCGAUUCUCCAUUACCAGAGAAGAUCCCGUUUUUGGUCAAGGAAGACCAAGAGGUUUUCACAGUUUGCCAUGAAUCCAGAAGUAUAUCGCAGCCCAGAUUGACCGUCUGCAAAUUCACCGAUUUGGACCAAACCGAUGUUGAGGACCAGUCUGACUCCAGCGGAGCCAUGUUGUCGUCUGCCAUGGUGACAGUUCUGGCCCCAAAUUGGACUGACCGACUUCGACGGUCCAAAAGGUUCGAGUCAACCGGGAGUUUGGAAACUCUGGUGAAUCUACAAGGCGGGUCCGACUCGCGUUCGACGGAUCAUUCUCACGAGGUUCAAAGUGGCGUAGAGAAGAUGUUCACCAUCUCGCAAGCCCAGUCGAGAGCUCCAUUCCAGUGUACCAGGCAAAGAUCAACGGGCUGGUCUGCUAACAGCGGUCCUCCAAAUGUGGGCUAUGAAUCAAAGACUAAAUUUGUUCGAACAGUUUCGUUGGAAGUGAAAGGGACAGACAUCAAGAAAGCAGAAGUAAGUUCUACCAUGGAUGCGAAUCCACAAAAGAGGAAUCCUGAAGGCGGUCCUCAUGUCAGACAUUCGUCUAUGAGUUCCAAACCAACAACGAGCAGUCUUCUUCUAUCAUUAAGACGAUUAAACAGUCUCUCUCGUACAAACCAAGCUCCUUCUGAGAUACCGCUGAAGGCCGAUCCGGAUGUCAAGAUUUUCUCAACAAAUCUUUCUCAACCUUUUUCCAAACCUCGGAAAGAACUGAUUAAAUCACUUCCCUCUUCCGCAUCCAUUUCUCCUAAGGCGCCUGAAACCGAACCAGUCGGUUCCUCAUCAUUGUCUGAUAGUAGUGCAAGAGGAAAAACAAUCUUCCGUUCGUCUUUACCGAUCAACAAAGAUGACACACCCUUUUCCAAACUACAGCAAACAACCAACAGAACCCAGCCAAGUAUUUCCCUGCUCAGUCGACGAGCAUCUGGAAGGGAACGCAACUGGAGGGAUUCGGGCAUAGGAUUAAACCUGAUGUCGGACAGCCACGUGUCUUCAUCUAAACCAACCCAGUACGACUCAAACAUGCCCGUGGCCUCAUCGUCUGGUUGGCAACAAACUGGCCAACAGACCAGUUCAACUCCAGUUCUCACGGACACACCCAAUUUCCAAAACAAGCCGAACACACCCUUGAUUCCUCUUUGUAACAAUAAUUGUGACCCAGCAGCUCUUAGCCUGAAUAAUAACAACCAAAGUCUUAACCAUAAAGUUUCCCGUAAUUGCAGCAACGGCACAGCAGAGUCGGUUUCCAAUGUUAACCUGAUGAUAAAACCACAGCGAGGAGGAAGUCAGAGUGUCAAAGAGAAACAUUCCGGCUAUACAAUUGACAAAGGGAAGCUAGCAAAACAACUCUAUGAAUCCAGUUUAAAGAAAAUACAACUAAAGUCUUCAAGUUUUCCUGAUGGUCAAGCGUCUUUCCCAAGUCAUGGCUCGCUAAAAUUAAAUGGGAGUGAAUUAUCGAACAAAAAUUAUCAGUGCUUCCUCACGCCCACGUCUCCGGAACGCCAGAACUCUCCAUCGAUCUCCAGCGGUCUCCCACACAAGGACCAAAAGCCUUGUUCCUCUGUUGAGAUCUCCAGAACUACAUCAUUGUCCUGUGGUUCUACAUCCCAAACCACAACUCUCGGUUUUGAAAGACGCUAUUCCUCCAAUCCGAAGCCUCUCCAGCCGAAGUCUGUGCCCUGCCUUGUUCUUUCAGCGAGUCGAUGCACCCCAGACUCUAUCCCAACUUCAAUGACUCCAAGCCUUCAAACUUCCAAACACCCUGCCGCCCUGAUCCGUCCGAGCACGAUUGACGCCGAACCGAAAAGUCCCAAAGCCGGAGGAAUAUUAACCAACCACUCGGAAAAAGAGAGAAAAAGAUUGAGUCUCCCAGGACACGGAAAGCGAGUCAAGCAUGUCAUGUGGGAGGACACUGAGAAUUCCGAACCCACUGAGAUACCCGCUUUUUCUCCACUACCUCGCUCAAGGUCUCAGCGACUUAUUCGAUCACCGUCCAUCUUCUCCUUUUUAAGAUCAAGCAGUCCAAACACGAAAAACACUCCUCUCUGCACGACAUCACCCAAGACUUCCAACUUGCAUGUCGGGAAAGGAGGGAAGUAUCGAUCCUCAUCGUCUGACUCUGCGGAUCAGGUACUGAAAGAGGGGGAGCAGUCCAGUAAAUCCGAGCAAAUCGGCGAUCAGGCGGUGGUCAUGAAUCAAGACAGACCAGUUUCGGCCCCACGCAGACUUCAGAGGUCCCUGUCCUUGCAGGCUAUUUUGUUCCCGCCAACUGAUCCCUCGCCAGCUCCCGAUUUUUCAACUGGGUACAAAAUCCGUUACAGCCCCCCACCUUACUCCACUCUCAUCUCUACCCGGGUGGAAGCUAAGAAAGCGACUCCCAGGUCACCGCUUUUCCAAAACGCCAAUUCCAACUAUAGCUCGCAUGCUGCCUUGCUUUGUCAUGGAGAUGGAGAUGCAACCUUAACGACGUCGAAACCGCUGCAGAGGAAACCACCCAGACCUUCUCUUCGGCAGAAUAAAAUUCCAUCACGAGAGAAUUCCUUCAGUCGUGUCUCACACGCGGACGAUAUCAACAAUAACAACUGCAAGAAUAUCAGUCAGCAGAACGGCCAAGAAAGCCGAGAUAGUCUCGCCCAAAAGCAUCAGAGCUCCAAAACGGAUCCAGCUGCUCCAAGGAACGCAAGGGAAGAACCAUUGCAACAUCUAUCAAAGAUCCCAAGUGAAGACUCACACGGAACUACGAGUCGUUCCAAUCUCAGCUCAAGCGGCAGCAGCUCGACCGAGAGCCGAUCUGUUAGUGACGAAGUCUGCAACAAAAAAGCGAAGGACGGCAUGAUGGGAAAAUUCCGGCUUUUUUCAGCAGAGAGCAACAACGAGCAGAACCCAAAGAGACGUCGUUUCGUUAUGAAGAAAAGUCUCAGCACGCCAAACUCCGGUCCUUCAAUGUCUGAAUCCGAGAAAGUCCACAAGACUAACAAGAAAAUAGACCAGGUUUUUAACAAACUGAAGCAAACGUUCAGCACUCGACGCUCUGAAGAAGAUCCCGCAUUUCCGUGGAAAUUGAGACGAGCUUCAGAAACGCCUUCUUUCAGUGAAUUAAGCGAUACCAGUGAUGCCACCAUUGAGAGUACCAGAACUUCAGACGGGGACCAACAGCUCAUGAUGAGGGACAACAAGAGAAGAAAAGACGGUGAAGUGCAAGAACCGACCAGAUACACCAUCAUUCCAACUUUAUCUGUACAGAAUUCCAUGACGGAAAACGAAUUCUUCAUUUGGCCGGACCAGUCAAGUCCUAAAGUGAACCAAGACCAACCAAAGCAUAUGUCAGACCUGGUUGAAGUUAGACCAACCAAUCAGUAUCUUCUGUGCACGGAUACCAGUCCCAGUCAGAGCCAUGCUACAACGUUCCGGAAGUCUACAUCGAGUUCAAAGAGUCCUUUCUCCCCGUUUUCCUCUCUUUCCACACUCUCACCGUAUUCCUCACCUGAUGUUGCGGACGAUAACGUGUUCUACAGUCCAAAGCUGCAACGCCGCAGGGAGUCCUCAUCGCCAUGCGAGCCAGGGGAAGGAAUGAGUCGAGUGAGUUCAAGGAGAAGCCGGGCAUCCACAGGUCCACCAAGUGUAGGUCCGAUCCAGAGUCAGGAACAAUUGUCAUCUUGCUACGCUGACUUAAAGUACGGCAUCGAACCUGGCAGGUCGUUCUCGGUGAGCUCAGUUCUUUCCAGUCGCUCAUCAAGACCUGGACGAAUCUCCACCGGGCCCAAGUUCAUGAGCGUGGGUGACCUAUCUGAACCAGAACCAGCUUAUGGAGGAGAAGAGGAUUUGAAUCCAUGGCUUUCAACAAAAUGCGAUCACGGACCGAUGUUCGAUACCCAAAUGGAGUCCUGCUUCCCCAGUGAUGGUAAAGUCAGAUCACGAUCUCUCCCUCGGUCGCUGACCAGACAUCUGGCUCAGCAGAGCUCCGGACUCCCGUUGUGUCCCGCCGCUGCCUCCACAGCUUCAACGUCGCCACAUCGUUGGAGCCCCAACAUGAACAUUUGCCACUUUGACUGGGAUACAGUGAGCCCCCCAACUCCCCCUCCUACGCCCCCUUUGUCGCCGCAUACCAGACGCAUGUCCAAACCUCCCAGUGUUUCCUCGCCAAAUUUUCCCAGUCCACCAGCAGAACCACUGGACACCCAUUCCCCCAGGGGGCAUUUGCCCUCCCGGGGUUAUAUCUCCAGCCUCAGCACCUUUGAGGAGUCCUCGGAUAGCACUUCGGACACGACGACCGACGAUGAAUAUUACUUAGAAGAAAGCGAAAAUGAAGAAAAGGAGACAGAGUUGUGAGACGGUUAGUUUGAUUUCUCUUCAAUCUUGAUGAUCCAAGGCUUUUAUUGUACGGAAAAAGUAGGGAAAAAGGCCGUCGGUCCCAGCAAGUGACUUUAAAGGAAUUUUGUGUCUGGAUUCAUUUUAACAGGACGUACGUAUGUACAAUAUGUAUGCACAGUUUGCUCUGCACAUUUAUGAUAAAGACAUGGAUGCUUAGCACUCGUAUUUUGGAGAGCUGCAUGGCUUCAGUGCGGGAUUUACUUCUGUGGAGUCAUUUUAACCCUCGGGUUUGACGUGUGAUGCAUUAACUGAAUUCUGGGAUUUAUAGCGCUGUAUGUACAAGUGAAAGUCCAUGCAUGCAUAAAAAAAAACAAAGGAGUUAUGAUGCUAAUUUCUUGGGAAAAGUCUUAGGAAAAAAGAGACAUCGUCUUAUAUUGGGGACAAGUGUCAUUUACCAACUCCCCCACUAGGUAGCGCCACUACGCAGUAACUGUGCUUUUAUCCACUUGCUGCUUUAACGCACCCAUAAAGUCAGAUAUCUGGUGGGAUACGCCGUGGUUUCUUCUGCUGCUAAGCAAUAACUCCAUUGGUGAAGGAUAAUUUCAUGUUUUUAGAAUUUAUUUUUUAUUUUUUUUGGUGCUGUAAUGUUUAUUUUCUUGACCACUUUUUUUUGUAAAAUGGUUUAGGGAAUUAUAUUUGCUAAUUUAAUAUUUGUUGUCAAAAUACUUAACACUGUGCCUGAUAUUGUCUUAAUAUUUACACAGUGACAAUUUUAAAGUCUUAAUAUAUCACUUUUAUGAAUAAAUUAAAUGUUUCCAACCACACCUUUUUCAUUCAGCUCAAAAUAUAUUAACUAGUAAAUAAUACUGUUUUGUGUUUGAAUACGGCCUGUUUGUCAAAAUAUGCACAUUCAAACAAAUUGUGUGUACUUUUGGCUUAAAUUAAACAUUUUCCAUCUUAAAACUGGCUAAAUGAAGUAAAAAGAUUUCAAGACGCAUGUAGAAUUCCAGACUGGUCACUAGGUGUCAGUAAUGUUACAUUUAUGAGACUUGCAGCAAGAAGUACAGAAAGAACAACAUGGAACGCUGCCAAUGCUAACAUCCAUCCAUCCAUCCAUCCAUCCAUCCUGCUGGAGCCUAUCCCAAUGCUAACAUGUGAGUCGAUAUUAUUUUAUUAUAUAACCAUUUUAUUAUUAAUUUAUGCCUAAUAUGUCUUAUUUUUCUCUUGUUUACUAUACUGGGUAAUAAGAGUAUAAAGGUGUACAAGUGUGUUAUUUCAUGUCUAAUAAUGUUCAAAUCCCUUAUUUAGAAGUCACUGUGCUCAAACACAUUCACAUAUGACGGUCAGGUCUGGAACUAAUUAAUAGCGAUAAACGAGGGUGAGUGGAGGUGGAGGUUUUUCGGGAGGAGUUCUGUUUUGUUGCCUGCUAUGGUGACCGUUGAGCAAACUCAUGAGCGCAGUAAUCAUAAAAUAGUCACACAUACUGGAUGUUAGUGCUUAGUGUACUUUGCCCCUUCACUUUUUCUACGUUUCCAUGGAGACGACGGACAUGACUUGACAUCAUGCGGGCAGGGCUGCUCCACAUGCUUUGAUUUCGAAUGAGCUUUUUCCAUCAUGUCAUCCCUUGGAACGUGCAGCAGUGUGAGCACAAAGCUAAGUAGUCAAUGAGUGGCUGAGGAACAGGCCGCUUUUGUCAAGUCCAUCCCGUAUUCCGUGCAGACGCGUGCGUCGUUCAACCAUGCGGCAGUUUGUUUAGUGUGCACAUUAGAACAUGACAAACCUCCAGAAACUGAAAUAACACACGGUGGUUAUGUCAUUGGGGAUCUGCUCUAUAGAAGUUACACAUGCAAAUGGCAGCCGUGUUGGCUUUCACUUGACAAUAAACUCUCAUGGGAAGUUGCAGCAGUGUGUGUGUGUGUGUGUGUGUGUGUGUGUGUGUGUGUGUGUGUGUGUGUGUGUGUGUGUGCAGGUGACAAUAAAGAAGGGCUUUGUUUAGAAACCUAAACCUACACAUUGAGUCUCUGGAAACAUUUUGUUUGAAUGAAACCUUUAAAUGAAAUAUAACAGCUAUAGUAAUGUUAAAAUA